AUGGCUGAUGAACAACAUCAUAAGAUCAAAGGUCACAUUGCUUCAAAUAUUAAUUCAAAGAAAAAAGAACAUAUUCGAAUAUUUGUUCAACGAAAACAUUUAUCACAUAGUAUUUUACAUAAAUCUAUUUCGACCAAAGCACGUACUAUCGAACAUUUAACUUCAGCUAUAAAAAAACAAUUAAAUAUAAAUAAGAAAAAAUUACGAAGUAAUAAAAAUAUUAUUGUUGUUAAUUAUAAACCAGUAUUCGUUCAUUCUCGUCAACAAAAAUCGACAGAAUCAAAAACAAUACGAACAUGUCCAUCAACUAAUGAAAAAUUUUCAUCAAUAACUCAUCAUAGUCGACAAUCUAGUGUUCCAACAAUGCUAAAUCAAUCAAAAACAAAUCAUACUUUAAAUCGAGAAUCAUUUUCAUUUGAUGUACCUGAUGUUGAAGAUCCAUUAUUGUUUAUUGAAAUGAUGUAUCAACAAUUAUUUACUGAAGAUGGAAAAUUACGUAGUGAAACUGAACCAAUUGUUUUAGCAAAUCGUGUUAAAGAACUUAUCACAAAGUCUAGAAGAAAUUCAAUGGUACGAAGAGAUUCACUAACAUCAAACGUUCAUCAAGAUAAACGUUUGUUAACACCAUUUACUCAUUCAAUGUCAUCAAAACGUACAUCAAUAUCAUCACCUUCUUUCUUAACUAAUACAUUCGAUAAAGAAGAAGAAGAAUUUAAUUUAUUAUUACUGACAAGUAGAACUCCUGAUACAUCCAGACGAAAUUCCAAACGAUUAAGUAUAGAUAGUACAGAUCCUCGUCUACAACGACUUCAAGCAUUUUUUAAUCCGUGUUAUCAUCAUCAAAAACCAACAUCAAAAAAUCAAAUUAUAACCAAUUCUAAUUAUCCUUUUUCUAUUGAUGAUACUGAUAAUGAAGAUUUUGAUACAUUUUCAGAUUUCAAUUCUUGUCUUAAAACAAUGUAUACAUCAUUACCAGAAAGUAUUGAUGGAGACUCAAAUCUUAUUGAUUCUAAACACUUAUUUUCAUCUGGCUAUCAAUCAUUACAAUCUUCACAACUAGUUAAAUAUAAAAUACCUUCAGAAAAUGAUCAUUAUUAUUGUCCGAAUUGUAUACGUGUUCCAGAAAUUGUUAUCACAUCUCCGACAAUAUCAUUAAAUAUAAUUCAACCAAUACGAGAUGUAUUUAUAAAAUUUCUCAAUUUCGUUUGUAUUUCAAAAAAUACUUUUCUUCUACCGUUAUGCAUUUUCUUUUUUCGUCAACGAUCCAUGUCAAUACCUUAUUAG